AUCAAAGAAUUCGGUAGUAUUAAUCAAUUCCUUAAAGAACCUAAUUUGAUAACAGUAAUUCAUGUUAUUGAAGACUGUAGUAAACCGGUGAUUGCUGCAAUAAAAGGACUGGCUCUUGGGGGUGGUUUAGAGGUAGCAUUAGCAUGUCAUUACAGGAUUGCUGAAGAAAAUACGAGGUUUGGUUUUCCCGAGGUGUUGAUUGGCAUACUUCCUGGUGCCACUGGUACGCAAAGACUACCAAGGGUUGCUGGUCUAAAAAACUCAUGUGAUCUCAUACUGAGUGGACGACAUGCAUCUGCCAAAGAAGCCUACAAGAUGGGCAUUUUGGAUCAGGCGCCCAUUUCAGGCAACUUCAUUACAAAAGCCCUAGAGAUUGCACGUUCUGUUGCCAGCAAACCAGUUGCCGUUAGACGUGUCAGUAACAUGCCAGUGAAAGAGGCAGACUUUGCUAACGUUAUAAUAGAAGAGGCAAGAAAAAGAAUUAUGAAACGAGCCAGAGGAGCUGUGGCUCCUUUAUCCUGUCUGCGAGCUAUCGAAGCAUCUAUGAAAUCACCAACAUAUAUGGAUGGAGUCAAAAGAGAAAUGGAGCUGGGCCAUGAGUUAAUGACUGGUGCUCAAUCAUCUGCUAUGCAGUAUGCCUUCUUUGCAGAAAGAACAGCACAAAAAUGGGAAUUACCUGGUGGAAAAAUAACAUACAAGUCAACAAAGCCAUUGCCAAUAAAUACCAUGGGAGUGAUUGGUUGUGGUACUAUGGGUACUGGAAUAACUAUAUCAUGUAUUAGUGUCAAUAUACCAGUUACUCUAAUUGAAGUCAACCAACAACUGCUUGAUAGAGGAAUGGCUUUCAUCAAACGAGUAUAUGAGAGAAAUGUAAAGCAAGGACGAAUAUCAUUAGCGAUGGCUCAGAAGCAAAUGUCAUUGGUCAAUCCCACAUUGGAUUAUGGUCAACUGGCAAAUGUGGACUGUGUCAUUGAAGCUAUCUUUGAAAAUAUGAAGCUGAAAAAGGAGAUUUUCAAGAAAUUGAAUGCAGUAUGUAAGCCAAGUGCUUUACUGUGUAGUAAUACUUCAUCUUUAAACAUUGAUGAGAUUGCGAGUGCAACUACUAGACCAGACAAAGUCGCUGGUACUCAUUUCUUCUCUCCUGCACACAUUAUGAAACUGUUGGAAAACAUCAGAGGCAAAUAUACUUCACCAGAAACCAUAGCAACGGUCAUGACCCUUGGUAAAACAAUAAACAAGGGUGGAUGUACAUACAGGAAAUUUACUCUCCAAUAUAAUCCAGACGAUUUCUUAUAA